GACACUUUUUAGGAGGCACUACUUGGAAAACAUACCAGUCUGAAGUGACCCAGAGACAAAAUGACCAAACCUAUGCUCCCCAAGACUGCUGAGAAGAAGCCAGCUGAGGCACAACAAGCUGAUGCACCACCGGCCAAUGCACCACUGGCCGAUGGUCCUUCGGAGACUAAAGAGCCAGAGGCAAAAGAAGCACCACCUCCAGAAGAGCCUGUGCAAGAGGCCAGUGUUGAAGCUCUAGCACCUCCAGUUGAAGAGGCAGCAGUUCCUGUAGAUGAAAAAACUAUUUCUGCAGAUGGAGCUCCUUCGGGAGAAGCAGCUCCACCAGGAGAGGAGGGGGCACCAUCUGCUGCUGAAGCACCCCCAGCGGAAAUUGCCCCCCCACCAGAGCCGGAACCAGAGCCUGAACCUGUUGGCACUCCUACUAGUGAGCCAAUUGGCCUGUGUGUGGAUGAUAUCAGUGAUACCUCCAUCUCGCUGAAAUGGAGGGCUCCAGAGAAGAUAGGCUCAGCUGAACUUGAUGGUUAUGGGGUUGAGUACUGCAAGGAAGGCUCUGAUGAAUGGAUUCCUGCAUUUGCGGGUCUCACAGAUAGGACCUCCGUUAACAUCCGUGACCUGCCAACUGGAGAGAAGAUGCUGUUCCGUGUGAAGGCAUAUAAUAUAGCAGGCCCAAGCCCACCUGCUGCAUUGCCACAGGCAGUCACCAUCCGCGAGAUCAUGCAGCGCCCCAAAAUCUGGAUCCCCCGUAACCUUCGUCAGACAAUUAUCAGGAAAGUAGGAGACACUACUAACCUGGUAAUCCCCUUCCAGGGUAAACCACGUCCUAAAGUAACCUGGACAAAAAACGAUGAGCCACUGGACCCUAAGAAGGUCAGCGUAAGGAACAGUGACACCGAUACCAUCCUCUUUAUUAGGAGAUCAGAGAUGAAGGAUUCUGGGAAGUAUGAGCUUCAAGUGCAGAUUGAGAAUAUGGAGGACAAGGCCAGUGUGGACCUACAGAUCGUAGACCUGCCAGGUCCACCUCAGAAUUUAAAGGUGAUGGAAGUUUGGGGCUUUAACGUUGCCCUGGAGUGGAAACCACCCAAGGAUAAUGGCAACUGUGACAUCACUGGCUACAUCAUCCAAAAGGCUGACAAGAAAACCAUGGAAUGGUACACAGUGUAUGAUCAGUAUCGCCGCACUAACUGUGUGGUGUCAGACCUGAUCAUGGGGAAUGAAUAUUUGUUCCGUGUGUACGCCAUGAACAUGGUGGGUCUGAGUCCAGAGACUUGCCUUUCCAAAGACAGUGCCUACAUCCAGAAAACGGGCAUUGUAUACAAACCUCCCAGUUACAAAGAGCAUGAUUUCUCUGAGGCCCCCAAGUUCACACAUCCUCUCGUGAGCCGUUCGGUUAUAGCUGGAUACAACGCUACACUCAGCUGCUCUGUAAGAGGCAUCCCAAAGCCUAAAAUCACAUGGUACAAAAACAAGAUGGAUAUUACAAACGAGGCCAAGUACCGGAUGUUCAGCAAUCAGGGUGUGCUUACUCUGGAGAUCCGUAAACCGUGUCCAUUUGAUGGAGGUGUGUACAUUUGUAAGGCAAUCAAUGCCAGUGGAGAGGACGUGGUAGAAUGCAAACUGGAAGUCCGUUCUCAAGUCACAAAAGAAGAUGUGAAGAAAUGAGAGGGAGACGUAAUGGGCUUGUCUCGGGGUUCGGAGAAACUGUGACACUUUGUCCUCUGUCCUGAAAUUGACCCCUGUAACAUGUUGAUGAUUAAAUGACAGAGCAAAGAUAUAUCAUUGGUUUCCUUCAUUUGCUUAUGGUCCCCAUGUCUUCCCUCCAUCCUACGCUUAUGUGCUUAGGUGUGAUUUUGUGUCUUUAUUGCUUGCAUUCAUUUUAUUUCAUAACAGCUUAUUGCACUUGAGGUCAGUGCCGUAAGGUCUAUUGGUUUAAUAUUUUGCUUCCACAUUGUGAUGUUAUAUAAAAUGCUAAAUAAAUGUAAGGAUUUUGUUGACAUUUUAUGAUAUUCUAUAAUGAUUCAAAUUCCCCAGAUUCACUUACACUUCUGUGAGUUAGAAGUUAUACUGCAAAUCUUAGGUUACAUUACAUUUAGUAUUUCUGGGGAUUAGUUUUAUUUAGCAUGUGCCAAAAGCAAGUCACCCCUGCAGAUACCAUUAAUUACUGAGAUGCCACAAUCCCAUUGAGAGAAGCAAACAAGUGUUUUAUCUAAGUCUCCAUAUAUUAUGAUGAAAUGCUUUCCUGCCUAGGUCAGUGAUGGCAUGGCCAGCAGAUGCAUUCUUCAGGCACUCACACAUUAUGCCACAGAUCAACAAGCUGCUGGUAUUAAUUUAACAAAGCCAAUCAGGAAGCUUCAACUUAUUGGUAUUAUCCACGAGAGCAGAUAGCACGGCUGACCUGCAUGGCUUUGACUGCUCUGGAAUGUUCUCCAGUAGCAAUUUAGCAGUUUGGGAGGAUGAAAUGUUUGAUAUGAGGCCCAGACAUGCCAUAAUGCCAAAGGUGUCAAAAUGACCAUGGAUGGCCUGUUCCAAUCUGAUGCAAAGCAGCUGUCUGUAUCAUUUUGCUCUGUCCUUGUGCCUUCACACUCAAUCAUUUGCUCACUGUUCCACAAAAUAGUUUCAGUUCUGGCAUCUGGCAGUUAUGUGCAAACAAUAAAAUGAAUUAAGAAUAUUUUACAGGCAAGCCAUCAGCUUUCAUUGGA